AUGUCGAGCGAAAUGGAAGCCGACGAGAUCCGCCGGCUCCAAGCAGACCGCAAGGCACGGCAAUUUGCGCCUGCUGGAGACGGUGAGCGUGAAGAUGUGGUGCUGGAUUUGCGGCCUCGGCGCACGGAAUACGUCGCGUCGUUGCCCGUCGGCGACGAGGACGACCACGUCGAACGUGCAAACCCGCUAGACGCGUUCUCAGCGCCGCAACACUUGCUGAACGAGUUUUCAGACGAUAGCUAUGACCCCCUUGCCGAGCGCGCAGCUUCGCACCAAAUUGCAUCGCGGCAGUCCGACUACCAUAAGCGCCGCUUCCAACGCGACCUUGGCGCAGAAGCACAGCGCGAUCCGUUUUCGGGACGCGGAGGCGAGGAAGAGGGGUACCGAGAUGCAAUGCGCCGUACGAACAUUGAGCGGGAAGAAGACCGUGUACGCCGCUUGGUUCAGGACAAAGAAAAGGCCGUGGAGCGUGGAGAAGCGCCAGAAAAAGAGGAAAAGAGCGCCUUGGAGGGCGACGUAACGCCGCCCAUGACAGCAGUGGAUGCAACGCCCCGUGUGGAGCGCAAGCGCCGCUGGGAUGUAGGUCCUUGCGAAGAAGAGGCCGCGCCAGAGCCGCCGAAAAAACCGCGCUCGCGCUGGGACCAAGGGCCUGCAGAGGAAAUUGAGAGCAAGUCAGCUCGUUCUCGGUGGGACGAGACGCCCGCGGAACCGGCACCGCAAACGCCAGUAGCGCGCCCCACCAGUGCGCGUCGCUAUAUCACCGACGAGGAGCUGAACAUGAUUCUCCCAACAGAAGGCUACACCAUUGUCCCCCCACCACCCGGCUACGAGCCCAUCCGCACGCCCGCGCAAAAGCUCAUGGAUGCGCCCGACGCAGAAGCUGGCUUUGUGAUGCACGACGAUAACGGUAUGCCUACUGCCGUUGGCGAUAUGAUUGUGGAUCUUCCUACCGAUGUGCCCGGCAUUGGCCAGCUUGCGUUUAUGAAACCAGAAGACCAAAGCUACUUUAAAAGAGUGCUUGAAGAGGACGGCGAAGAGCGCCUUCCCAAGUCAGAGCGCAACGAGCGGUUAAUCAUGCGCCUUUUGCUCAAAAUCAAGAACGGCACGCCGCCGAUGCGCAAGCAGGCACUCCGCCAAAUUGCAGACAGCGCCCGCGAUCUCGGAGCCGGUCCGCUGUUCGACAAGAUUUUGCCGCUGCUCAUGGAGCGCAGCUUGGAGGACCAGGAGCGCCAUUUGCUAGUCAAGGUCGUCGACCGCAUCCUGUACAAACUCGACGAUCUUGUGCGCCCCUACGUGCAUCGUAUCCUGGUCGUGAUUGAGCCGCUUUUGAUUGACGAAGACUACUAUGUGCGCAUCGAGGGCCGCGAGAUUAUCAGCAACCUUGCCAAGGCUGCUGGCCUCGCACACAUGAUCAGCACCAUGCGUCCGGAUAUCGACCACCCCGACGAGUACGUGCGAAACACCACCGCGCGUGCUUUGGCCGUCGUCGGCACCGCAUUGGGCAUUCCUGCCAUUUUGCCCUUCCUCCGCGCCGUGUGCCGCUCAAAAAAGAGCUGGCAGGCGCGGCAUACCGCGAUUCGUGUCGUGCAGCAGACCGCCAUUCUCAUGGGCGUGGGUGUAUUGCCCCAUCUGCGUGCGUUGGUCGACAGCAUCGGGAAAGGGCUGGAGGACGAGCAGCAGAAAGUGAAGACGAUGACGGCGCUGGCGCUUUCUGCGCUCGCCGAAUCGUGUGCGCCGUAUGGAAUCGAGAGCUUCGAGAACGUGCUCAAGCCGCUCUGGCUUGGGAUCCGGCAGCACCGCGGUCGGAGUCUUGCUGCGUUCCUCAAAGCCAUCGGCUUUAUCAUCCCCCUGAUGGAUGUUGACAGCACACUUUACUUUGUCAAGGAAAUCACGCCCACGCUUCUGCGCGAGUUUGCCAGUGCCGACGACGAUAUGCGCCGCAUCGUGCUCAAAGUCGUGAAGCAGUGUGCAUCAACGGACGGUGUUACGGGCGCGUAUUUGCGCGAGGAAAUGCUGCCAGAGUACCUGAAGCAUUUUUGGGUGCGUCGCAUGGCGCUCGACCGGCGCAAUUUGCGUGAAGUUGUGGAGACCACAGCUGAACUCGCGCAAAAGGUUGGCGUGAGCAAUAUUGUUGGGCGCCUGGUCCACUUUCUCAAGGACGACAGCGAGCCCUUCCGGCGCAUGGCGAUGGAAACGAUCCAGAAAGUCGUUGCGUCGCUCGGCGCGGCGGAUAUUGACGAGCGCCUCGAAGUCCAGUUGAUCGACGGGAUGAUUUACGCGUUCCAGGAGCAGACCAUGGAAGACCAUGUCAUGCUGGACGGACUUGGGACCAUUGCAAAUGCGCUGGGUAUGCGCAUCAAGCCGUACCUGACCCAGAUGGUCUCCACCAUUCUCUGGCGCCUCAACAACAAGAACGCCAAGACACGGCAGCAGGCAGCGGACCUGACCACGAAACUCGCCGUGGUCAUCAAGCAGUGUGGCGAAGAUGCGCUCCUCUCGAACCUUGGCGUUGUCCUCUUUGAGCAGCUUGGCGAAGAGUUUCCCGAAGUGCUGGCGAGCAUCAUCAGUGCCGAGAGUGCGAUUGCCAAUGUCGUCGGCAUGACGCAAAUGAAUCCCCCCGUCAAGGACUUGCUUCCCCGCAUGACGCCCAUUCUGCGCAACAGGCAUGAGCGUGUGCAGGAAGCGAGCAUCAACCUCAUCGGUCGCAUCGCGGACCGCGGCGCCGAGUUUGUAAGUGCGCGCGAGUGGAUGCGAAUCUGUUUCGAGCUGCUCGACCUGCUCAAGGCGCACAAGAAAGCAAUCCGCCGCGCCGCGGUGAACAGUUUCGGGUACAUUGCCAAGGCGAUUGGGCCGCAGGACGUACUGCAAGUGCUGCUGACCAACCUCCGCGUACAGGAGCGCCAGAGCCGUGUCUGCUCGACGGUUGCCAUCGCCAUCGUCGCCGAGACGUGCGGCCCUUUUACCUGCCUUCCCGCGAUUUUGAACGAGUACAGGACGCCCGAAGUAAACGUACAGCAUGGAUGCCUCAAGGCUUUGGGCUGGGUAUUUGAGUACAUCGGCGAGAUGAGCAAGGAUUAUGUGUACAGCGUUGUGACGCUCCUGGACGAUGCGCUCACCGAUCGAGACACGGUGCACCGCCAAACCGCAUCGAGUAUCGUAAAGCACCUCGCGCUCGGCACGGCGGGAAUGGGCCAGGAAGACAGCAUGCACCAUCUCCUCAACCUCGUCUGGCCCAACAUUUUCGAAACGAGUCCUCACGUUAUCAACUCUGUCAUGGAAGCCGUGGAAGCGAUGCGUGUCAACAUUGGCCCUGGCGCCUUGCUGUACCACACCCUCCAAGGCCUUUUUCACCCCGCGCGCAAGGUGCGCGAGAUCUACGUGCGCACCUACAACACAAACUACCUCGGCGCCCAAGACGCCCUCGUCCCUUUUUAUCCAAAUCUCUCCGCGUUUAAUGACGAGCGCAACGACUAUACACGCCAUGAUUUAGCCGCCUUUUUGUAG